AUGGGAUCUCUCAGCUCCGAUUCAACGCUCAGUUCAUUCGACGGUGUAAAUGGAGUCCCACCUCCGUUUCCCGCUGACGUGCCAGUCGCUCACAUCUCGAACAUCUCCUAUCAGAAGGUCCUGGAGGGAGACGUCGAUGAGGUUGCCCGAGUGAUCAAGUCCGCUAGAGACAAUGGCUUCUUCCGUGUUGACCUGACCGACUCAGAAAUUGGCCAGAAGUUCCUAGCAGCUGCGAGGAACAUGUUUAUGCUGGCCCAAGAGACGUUUGACCUCCCCACGGAGGUAAAACUCGAUGACAGUAUCCUCAAACACGGUGAGGAUCUGUUUGGGUACAAGGGGCUGGGAGCCUCUGUCGUAGACAAAGACGGAACCCCUGAUAACAAUGAGCAGUACUGGAUCAGCUGUGGAGACAUUGAAGGCGUCGGAAGACACUCGCGUGCUAUCUACAACGACGUUAUCAAGGGCAAGAACGCUCAGCUCAAAGAGUUCAUCGAUCUCGGCAAGGCUGUUACAGACAGAUUCUUGGAAGUCUUCUCCGUCGUCCUCGCCAUUCCACCCGAGAGUGAGGACCACUUGACAAAGCUGUACAGCCAUACCAACGACUGUGGCAGCCACGUACGUCUCCUCAAGUGUCCGCCUAAGCCCCAAAACGUCAAACCUAGUCUUCAGCCACACACCGACUGGGGCAUGAUGACCGUGCUGUUCAACAUGCUAGGUGGCCUCCAGAUCUACGUCCCGGAGGACCGCGUCGCCCCCGGUGAGGAAGCCGGGUGGAAGUAUGUCAAGCCCGAGUCGGGGAUGGCCAUCUUCAACCUCGGCGACGCGUUCGUCAAGUGGUCAGAUGGCGAGCUCAAGAGCAGCAUCCACCGUGUCACAAAUCCGCCUGGAGAGCAAGCUGACUACACACGGUACAGCCUGGCCUACUUCACUCGUCCUAACAACGAGGCCCUGUUGAAGCCACUGGGCAGGAAAGCUGGGCCCACCAGUGAAGCUAAGAAUUAUCCCACCUUCUUGGAAUGGGCUAUGAGGAGGGCCAUGGCGGGGAAGACCGAUGGCUUCAAGAAGGAUGACUGGGAGAGGGGCCAAGGCACAGAAACUGCUUUGAGUGCUCAGGCAAGAGCCUGA